AGCAAACUCAGUGCUCGUACGUACGCCGAUGGGGUAACCUCACCCGGAAGAUGUCGACGGCUGAAAAUCAAGGACAAACGUCCUCCAAUCCGGAUGUGGUGGAGCAAGUAAAUGGCAGUUUCGGUCGCUGGCAGCUGCGAACCAUUCUGCUGAUCUUUCUGUGCAAGAUUCCCAGUGCCUGGUUUACGGUCAUUAUUGUUUACACUGCUCCGUUUCCAUGGAAGGGCGAACUCGUCUGCCAUCCAUCUGAUUGGAAUGCCAGUGUGUCACGGGUGGAGCCCGUGAGUCGUAACCAACAGCUCUGGCAAGAUGCCCGCAGCACGGAUCGACUAUUCAAUGUGGACGUGUGCAACGCGUAUGCCCAGUCCUUGACCCGAGGCUUCGUCCGGAGUCACGGCUCAGAGUGGAAUGCCACGGAAUCGGAACGUUCUCAAUCUUCCCUACCUUGCGAGCACGUGGAACACACAUCGGAUUACAAAUCCCUGAUCACCCAGUUUGAUUUGAUUUGCUCUCGACGCGUCCUUGUGGCCAUGACCCAAUCCUUUCAUGCCCUCGGAGCUUUAAUAGGAGGUCUUAUGGCUUAUUCGGCUCUAAAAAUAAUUAGUCCACGACGAUUGAUGCUGCUCGGAAUGAUUGGUCAAAUAUUUUGCGGGAAUCUAACUGGCUUGGUGGAUACUUACCAGUUACACAUCUAUUUUCGAUGCCUCACCUCCAUGUUUUGUGCUCUAAUGUAUACUUCCGGACAGUUUAUUCUUAACGAUAUUACCUCGGGAAAAGCUCGCAUAAUAGUGAUUACUUUGUCGGAACUGUUUUGGUCUAUUGGCCUCGUCCUGCUGCCUGCCAUUUCUAUAUAUUUCGAUAACUGGAGCUAUCUAUACGUGGCUAUAUCCUCUUCGUUGAUUGUCCUGGUUUGGCUGCAUCGCUGGAUUGCCGAUUCCCCGCGAUGGCUACUGCAACACGAACGUGUGGAGGCAGCACUUCGUCAGCUCUUGGAAUCUGCUACUUACAACAACCGAAAGGUACCUCUGACCCUGGAUGUACAGCUAACAGGAUACGCCAAGGACCUGGAGCUAAAGGCCGAACAAAAGCGAAGCUACUGCCAAAUCUGGGAUGGCGAAACGAAGCGCAGUCAAUUGAUUUAUAUUCACUGCAUCUGGGGUGCUGCUAUGGUCAUAUAUACCAUAUCCCUUUUGAUGAUUCGGAACUUGGGAGCGGAACAGGUGCACGUUAACACAGCUGCCUUGGGAUUCGCAGAAAUGGUAGGUGUCUUUAUAGGCCUCUACAUGAUCCUUUACACGCGUCGCCAUUGGCGUUGGGCAGGAAAUCUCAUGACUAUAUGUAGUCUUAUAACAUAUCUCAUUUGGCUGCUGCCCGAAACAGAAAGAAACUCACGACGCGUUGGCUUGGAGUUGGUGUUUUGGAUCAUUUUAAAAAUGGCCAACUCGGCCACAAUCGCUGUGCUAACCACCUGCACAGGUGAGAUGGUAUCCACCGAGAAGCGUGUAUAUCUGAUGCUCUCCGUGGUUGGAUUCAGCCGGACGUGCCUGGUUUUUUGUCCACUUCUGAGUUGUCUCACCGUCAUCCAUCCCCUGGUACCCAUUACCAUUCUAUCCACCGUUGGCACUAUCUAUGGAUUGGCCUUGCGACGACUGAAUCGUUACUACUGGAACACGGAACAGCCGCCCAUUAGUCGAGUGCCAACACCAAAUACCUAUCGCCGCCAAUCGGCUAUAAUCCUACGUCGAUACAGCAGCACUAGCUCAGAAAUCAGUGGUUACAGCAAUGAGCUCCUCAGUAACUUUGAGAGAAAUAUAGCCGUCAGUAUAGCUGAUAUAUGGCAUAUUAACUUUCAUCCCGCCAGUGAGUGUGAAAUUGAAAUGGAGCAGCAUAACGGAGAAGAAGCUUUAAAAACUCGAAGCUCAGAAACCAUUUAAAAAGCUUUUUUAGCCUAAAAAUAGGCUUUAGAACGUAUAGAAACUUUAAAAUAACCGAUAAAUUAGUGCACCUUAUAAUAAAUCAUUUUAAAUUGUUUUUAAAAGAAAAAAAUGGGAGUGUAGAUAGUUUAAAUAAAUAAGGAAAACAUAUAACAAAUUUAAA